AAGUGGGGGAGUCUCAGAAAUCAUGUGACCGCAGCUCAGCUGUUUUCUCCUCCCUGCAGCGGAAGUCGCAGGAACCCCAGGAGCUGCCGAAGGAGCACAGAUUGACUCCUGCCUGAGAACAGAUAUGGGCUGGGCUUCGAUCUUUAGACCUUGCAGUAUUACCAUAAAUGCCAGAUGAGGAACAAGAUUAUUUUUUUUAUGGGUUUGCUAAGGGAAGUUUCGUUCUGGGAGUGAGGUGAAAAAAGAGUUGAAAAACAAAAGAGUCAGUAAGGUUUUGAAGAACAGCAAAAGAGGCUCCUCAAACCUGUUACCUUCAUUCGAAGAGGGAUACCUGGAAAAGAGCCUGGUGGAUAAUCAGCUGAACAUGAGCUCCCUGGAAUAUAAGCCUGCUGUUGCCACGGAAACUUACCUUUCGGUAGGACUGUGUGUGCGUCUUUAAGGGCUGAAUGACUGUCCUGUUCCUGUUACUUCUCCGCGUUUAUUUUCUGAGUGGGUCAAAGCAUCAAGAGAGACACUUGUUUUCAGUGGAAAUCAAACCAAACCCUUCAAUUAAAUCCACGAGAAGAAGCAACUCUAAAUAAUUAAUUAUGCAAGCUCUUAAAUGGAAAGAUUUGCUUGCAAUGGGAGAGAAGAAAUAAGGAAUUAAGAGAAGCUGUAAGAACCGAUGAGAUCGUGAAAACACGGGGAAACUUCUGCCAAUAGUUACAGUGAAAAUGAAAUCAUCGUCUCUCCACCAUGGCUCCACAGCAAGUGUCUCUCUGCCUGGUUUCAUCAUUUUCUUCAUUAAUUUACCAAUUCACAACUUGGUGUCAGCCCAGUUCACAGUCAUUGGACCGGAUCAACCUGUCACGGCUACUGUGGGUGAGGACAUUGUGUUACCCUGUCACUUGUCACCCCUGAUGAGUGCUGAGAACAUGGAGGUGAGAUGGUUCCGGUCCAAUUACUCUUUCCUUGUGCAUCGCUAUUCCAAUGGAAAGGAUCAGACUGAAUAUCAGAUGCCGGAAUAUACAGGAAGGACAGAGUUUCUGAAAGACGGCAUCAGAAAUGGAAGUGUCGCCUUGAGGUUACAUAAUAUCAGACCCACGGAUGAGGGACGAUACGUGUGCUAUUUUGAGUCAACUUCCUUUUAUAAAGAUGCUCAUAUGGAACUGAAGGUGGCAGCUCUAGGUGCUGCUCCUCUCAUCUCUGUUGAGGGAUAUCAGGAUGGAGGGAUCCGAGUGGUGUGCCGAUCGGCCGGGUGGUACCCAGAGCCCGAGGUUUUCUGGAGAGGUCUCACUGGACAACAUGUACCGUUGCUGUCUGAAAGAAAAUUCCAAGGGGCUAAUGGCCUGUUUGAAACAGAAACUUCUAUAAUUAUAACAGAAACCUCAAACCAGAACAUCUCCUGUUCCAUUAGGAGCACUCUCCUCAAACAAGAAAAGGAAUCAACAAUUUAUAUAGCAGAACUUUUUUUCCCGAAGAAAUCUCCCUGGAUCGCCAUUCUGUGCACGAUCCUGGUUAUUCAGGUUUUUUUUAUUGGCCUCUUAAUUUAUCUCUUGAAAACAAAAGAGAAGAAGGCUGCAGAACGUAGGUGGAGAGACUGCCUUACAGAAGCAGAGAGAGUUACCCUGGAUCCAGACUCAGCAAAUCCCAACUUCAUCUUGUCCAAAGAUCGGAAAACUGUGCGACUCGGAGGAGACACGGACCAGAAACUGCUCGCCAAUCAUAAGGGCUUUAGUUAUUCUCCCUGUGUGCUGGCCUGUGAGGGAUUCACCUCUGGGACACAUUAUUGGGGGGUGGAAGUUGGGAGCAAAGGAGGCUGGGCUGUGGGGGUGGCCAGAGAGCCUGUGAUGACGAAGGAAGGAGCAGUGAGCCUUAAGCCUGAGGACGGGAUCUGGGCUAUAGAGCGACAGUGGUGGGGUGAGUUCUGGGCUCUCACUAGCCCUAUGACACGCCUGACCCUAAGUAGGAAACCUGAGAAGAUUCGGGUUUCUCUGGACUAUGAAGAGGGGCUGGUGGAAUUUUUCGAUGCUGAUAAUGUGAAACCGUUCUAUGCUUUCCACUCGGCCUCUUUCGCUGGUGAGAAAAUCUUCCCUUUCUUCCGGGUUGGGGGUGCAGGAGCCCAGCUCAGCCUGUGUCCGUGAGAAAGGGUACUUUAUUCCACUUGGACUCGCUCAAACGUGUUCUCAUCAACUUAGGAUAUUUCUCAUCCAGUUUAUAAAGAUCACUUAUAGCUCCUCUUUAACUUCAUACUAAUUUCCUGUAAAUAAAGAACUUUU